AUGAUACCUCAUAACGAGUCUUCCUCCACUGAGAUCUCUGAGUUCCUCUUGAAUUGUUUUGUCAGAUCGCCAAGUUGGCAGCUCUGGCUCUCCCUACCCUUGAGCCUGCUCUUCCUCCUGGCCAUGGGGGCCAAUGCCACCCUUCUAAUUACCAUUAGGCUAGAAGCAUCUCUGCAUGAACCCAUGUACUACCUGCUCAGUCUGCUCUCUUUGCUGGACAUCGUGCUCUGUCUCACUGUCAUUCCCAAAGUUCUUCUUGUCUUUUGGUUUGACCUCAGACCCAUCAGCUUUUCAGCCUGCUUUCUUCAAAUGUUCAUCAUGAACAACUUUCUCCCCAUGGAAUCUUGCACCUUCUUGGUAAUGGCAUAUGAUCGCUAUGUGGCCAUAUGCCACCCUCUGCGGUACCCAUCUAUCAUCACUGAUCAAUUUGUGCUCAAAGCUAGUGUCUUUAUUGUGGCACGGAACACUCUCCUCACUGCUCCAAUUCCUAUCCUUUCUGCACGGCUCCAUUAUUGUGGAAAUAACAUCAUUGAGAAUUGUAUUUGUGCUAACCUGUCAGUCUCCAAGCUUUCCUGUGACAAUGUUACUCUUAAUAAGAUCUACCAAUUGAUUGUAGCCUGGACUCUGCUGGGCUCUGAUCUCGUACUUAUUUUCCUCUCCUAUUCCUUCAUUCUGAGGGCUGUGAUGAAACUUAAAGCUAAAGGGGCUGCUGCCAAAGCCCUAAGUACAUGUGGUUCCCAUUUUAUCCUCAUUCUCUUCUUUAGCACUAUCCUCCUGGUUUUCAUCUUUACUCACAUGGCCAAAAAAAAAGUGGCCCAUGAUGUCCCUGUUUUACUCAAUGUCCUGCAUCAUGUAAUCCCUGCUGCCCUUAACCCCAUUGUCUAUGGGGUGAGGACAAAAGAAAUUAAACAAGGAAUUUUGAGGUUACUAAGAAAAGAGAAAUGA